UCUGUGACCUGCCUUCUGGCCUUUCCUCUCCUGAAGGCUGGACAAAUGGUGACAUUUGAUAUUGGAUUUGAUUUUAACCUCAAACAUCUUCAAGAUAAAGCAUAUAUAUUCUUCCAGGUCACAAGUGAAAGCAAAGAAGUUUAUGAAGGAGACAAUUCUGUUAACAGAACUAUUCCUGUUCAAUAUGACGCAGAGAUCCACUUAACAAGAUCCACCAACAUUAACUUCUAUGAGGUCUUCUCCGGAGCCAGUGUACCCUCAAGGAUAAACAAUUUUGAUGAAAUUGGCCCUGAAUAUAACUUUACAAUAAAAAUCAGUACUGGAACCAUGCCACUGAGAACAGCAUUCCUAACCAUUAAUAUCCCAGAGUUCACCAAAGGUAACAACCCUCUGAUGUACAUCACCUCAGUGAAGACCGAUCAGGUUAAUGGAAUCACUUGCAAUCCCAACGUUAAUCCUCUUCAGAUAGGAAAAAAAAGAAUAUGCAGCUUCCUUCACUGAGGAGAACCUUAGGCAUGUCAGUGAAUUAAGCUGUGAUAACACAAGAUGCACCACAUUUAGGUGUGAGAUUAAAGACCUGCAACUCAGAGAUUACUUUGUGAAU